ACCUAAACACGCAAGUUGUGAACAAUCUUAGCAAAAUGUAGAAAUACAUCAAUUUUUGAAAUUUCUCUCUCAAAAUUCCGGCUCGAUGUCUUGUUGUUCGAACGAGCUAGUGAACACGGUAGAGGGAACCGACGAGGAGUUGCUAGUGUUUAUCCGUACUGUUUACGUAGAAGCCGGAAUAUUGUGUUUCGUAUCGACCAUUACUUUAAUGGUCAUCUCAUCGAUGAACAUAAGCGUUGUCAACAUCCUGCCGGUUCCGCCGUACGUGUGGCUGAUCCUCGCCCUCGCCCUCCUGGCGGUCCUGAUCUGUCUGCCCGUCCGGCGCAUCCGACGGCUGAUCCCCUGGACAAUGGUCGGCGGAAUUGUGGCAUUCUUCACGCUGUCCGCCGCAUGCUUUAUGUGCAUCUAUGACAUACCCGACUUGGUGCUCUACUUUACCAUCAUGGUACUGGUGGUGGGCGGACUGAUGAUCUGUGGAGCCAAGUGCCGGAAAUCGUGUCUACCCAAUGGCCUCGUCACCGGAGUGAUUGUGGCCCUCUGCCUUGCCGUCCUCAUUCCGCUCAUCUUUUUGUCCCUGGCUUCCAUCCGAUACUUUUUUGUGAGCUUCUCUGCUGUCCUGAGCGCCCUGGUGAUGACACUCAUCCCCCUGCAAACCCAGUUCAUCCACGGACGAUUGCAAUACUCCCCGAUUGGCCUCGAACCGAUCUGCUCCACUAUGAUCUACCUCAGCUCAUUUGCCCUGUUCAUCUGCAUAUGCGUGUUUUCCAUUGCCAUUGAAUCGGAGAUUCUCGGGUCCUUCGGUUUGCAUUUAUCAGGCCUAUCCACUAUUCCAAUGUAAAUGUGAUUAAUAAAAACGUUAGCUACAGUAUG